CCUCCUCUUCACCAUGUACAUGCUGCCCCUUGGUCAGAUCAUCCGCCACCAUGGUCUCAGCUUUCACUCAUAUGCUGACGACACACAACUAUAUCUUAGCACCAAACCAUCCACCCAGCUACCCCCACAGUCACUUGUAAACUGCCUGCAUGCAAUACAAAUCUGGAUGUCAUUUAACUUCCUAAAACUCAACAGCAACAAAACCGAGCUCAUGGUUGUGGCACCCAAGGCCCUGCUCCGGAAGGUUGGAGAUCUCCACCUGGACAUUGACGGCUGUUCCUUCUCCCCAUCCUCGGAAGUCCGCAACCUGGGUGUCAUCCUGGACCCAACUCUAUCAUUCCAGUCUCACAUCAGGUUCAUCACCAAAUCCGCCUUCUUCCACCUAAAAAACAUCUCACGUCUCCGGCAAUCACUCUCUGACUCUGUGACAGAAACCCUCGUCCAUGCUUUCGUCACCUCCCGUUUGGACUACUGCAAUGGAGUUCUGUCCGGGGUUCCUAGCAAGCCCUGGACAGGCUCCAGUAUGGGCAAAACUCAGCUGCCAGGGUUCUCACCCGCACCAAGCCCUGGCAGCACAUCACCCCCACCCUCAUCCACCUCCAUUGGCUCCCGGUCAAGGCCCGCAUCACCUACAAAAUCCUCCUCCUCACCUACAAAUCCUCAAUGCCCUGGCUCCUCAGUACCUAUCUGACCUCCUCCACCCCUAAACACAGUCCCGGAACCUGAGAUCCUCAGGCACGGGUCAGCUCUCCAUCCCUCACACAAGACUGCGAA